AUGUCUACUCCUAAGAACCCCACGCAGCAGAACGGCUCUUACUCGGCAAGGCGCCAUGAGGAGUACCAAUACCUCGACCUCGUUCGUGAGAUCCUUGACGAGGGCGAGCACCGGCCGGACAGAACCGGCACCGGAACAUACUCCAUCUUCGCUCCGACGCCUCUCAAAUUCUCCCUUAACAAGGACGGCGAGCCACUGCUGCCCCUCCUUACCACGAAGCGCGUCUUCCUCCGUGCUGUCAUCGCUGAGCUGCUGUGGUUCGUCGAGGGCAACACAUCCUCCCUUGCACUGAGCGAGGCGGGCGUCAAGAUAUGGGACGGAAACGGCUCGCGGGAGUUUCUCGACAGCGUUGGCCUCUCCCACCGCGAAGUCGGCGACCUCGGCCCCGUGUACGGGUUUCAAUGGCGACACUUUGGCGCCGAGUAUGUCGACGCCAAGACGGAUUACACGGGCCAGGGCGUUGAUCAGCUCGCCGAGGUCAUUCACAAGCUCAAGACGAAUCCGUACGACCGCCGCAUCCUCCUCAGCGCGUGGAACCCCGCGGACCUGAAGAAGAUGGCCCUCCCGCCAUGCCACAUGUUUGCGCAGUUCUACGUCUCGUACCCUCGAGCCCGUGGCGCACCCGCUGACGGAGAGAAGCCCAAGGGCCACCUGCACUGCCAGCUGUACCAGCGGUCAUGCGACAUGGGCCUUGGCGUCCCCUUCAACAUCGCGAGCUAUGCGCUGUUGACGCAUAUGAUUGCCCGCGCAUGCGACCUCGUCCCUGGCAGCCUGACGCAUGUCAUGGGCGAUGCGCACGUCUAUGCCGACCACGUUGAUGCGCUCAAGGUGCAGUUGGAGCGUGAGCCUAGGGAUUUCCCGUUGUUGGAGAUCAACAACAGGGAGGCAGGGUGCAGCAUUGACGGAUGGAAGGUGGAAGAUUUUGUGGUCAAGGGAUACGACCCGCAUAAGACGAUUGCCAUGAAGAUGUCUGUGUGA